GGCACCUUGGGCGAGAGUUCGUAGCCGCCCCGCCGCAGAGCCCACGGCCCGCCGAGCACGAGCGACGCAGGUGUCCGAGCCCCGGCGCCGCCGCCGCCAUCUCUGCCUUCCGCCUGUGUUGGACCCCGGCACCGAGGUCUACUUCUCUGAAGUAAGAUGACUUGUCAAAAAUUCUGUGUGGCUUUGUUACACUGGGAAUUUAUUUAUUUGACAACUGCCUUUAACUUGGCAUAUCCGAUUACUCCCUGGAGAUUUAAGCUGUCUUGCAUGCCACCAAACACAACCUAUGACUUCCUCUUGCCAACUGGAAUCUCAAAGAACACUUCCAAUUUGAAUGAACAUUAUGAGGCGGUUGUCGAAGCUAAAUUGAAUUCGAGUACUACCUACUUCUCUAACUUAUCUUCCAAAACAACUUUCCACUGUUGCUUUUGGAGCAAGGAAGAGAAAAACUGUUCUGUACAUGCAGACAACAUUGAAGGGAAGGCAUUUAUUUCAACAGUAAAUUCUUUAGUUUUUCAACAAAUAGGUGCAAACUGGAACAUACAGUGCUGGAUGAAAGAGGACUUGAAAUUAUUCAUCUGUUAUAUGGAGUCAUUAUUUAAGAAUCCUUUCAAGACUUAUGACCUUAAGGUCCAUCUUUUAUAUGUUCUGCCUGAAGUGUUAGACGAGUCACCUCCGGUCCCCCAGAAAGGCAGCUUUCAGAUCGUUCAGUGCAACUGCAGUGUUCACGACAGCUGUGAAUGCCAGGUGCCUGUGCCGACAGCCAAACUCAACCACACUCUCCUUCUCUAUUUGAAAAUCAUGUCUGGUGGAAUAAAUUUUCAGUCUCCUCUAAUGUCAGUUCAGCCCAUAAAUGUUGUGAAGCCUGAUCCCCCAUUAGAUUUACAUAUGGAAAUCACAGACGCUGGCAGUUUAAAGAUUUCUUGGUCCAGCCCAACAUUGGUACCAUUUCAACUUCAAUAUCAAGUGAAAUAUUCAGAGAAUUCUUCAACAAAUAUGAGAAAAGCUGAUGAAAUUGUCUCAUCUACAUCUCUGCUGAUAGACAGUGUGCUUCCUGGGUCUUCAUACGAGGUUCAAGUGAGGGGCAAGAGACUGGAUGGCCCAGGAAUCUGGGGUGAAUGGAGCACCCCUCUUAUCUUUACUACACAAGAUGUCAUAUACUUUCCGCCUAAAAUUCUGACACGUGUCGGGUCUAACGUUUCUAUUCACUGCAUUUAUAAAAAUGAAAACGAGAUUGUUUCCUCAAAAAAGAUUGUUUGGUGGCUGAAUUUAGCUGAGAAAAUCCCUCCGAGCCAGUAUACGGUGCUGGGUGACCAGGUUAGCAAGGUCACUUUUCCAAAUCUGAAUGCGACCAGGCCUCGCGGGAAGUUCACCUACGACGCAGUGUACUGCUGCAACCAGCAGGAGUGCCACCAUCGCUAUGCGGAAUUAUACGUGAUUGAUGUCAAUAUCAAUAUAUCAUGUGAAACUGAUGGGUACUUAACUAAAAUGACUUGCAGAUGGUCAACCAAUGCAAUCCAAUCACUCAUGGGAAGUACUUUGCAGUUGAGGUAUCAUAGGAGCAGCCUUUACUGUUCUGAUGUUCCAUCUAUUCAUCCCAUAUCUGAACCCAAAGAUUGCCAUUUGCAGAGAGAUGGUUUUUAUGAAUGCAUAUUUCAGCCAAUCUUUCUAUUAUCCGGGUAUACAAUGUGGAUUAAAAUCAAUCACUCUUUGGGUUCACUUGACUCUCCACCAACGUGUGUUGUUCCUGAUUCCGUGGUGAAACCACUGCCUCCAUCCAGUGUGAAAGCAGAAAUUACUGUAAAAAUUGGACUAUUGAAAAUAUCUUGGGAAAAACCAGUCUUUCCAGAGAAUAAUCUUAAGUUCCAGAUUCGCUAUGGCUUAAAUGGAAAAGAAGUACAGUGGAAGAUAUAUGAGGUGUAUGAUGCAAAAUCAAAAUCGGCCAGUGUCCUGGUGCCAGACCUGUGUGCCGUCUAUGCUGUCCAGGUGCGCUGCCAGAGGCUGGAUGGGCUGGGGUACUGGAGUAAUUGGAGUAGUCCAGCCUACACUGUUGUCAUGGAUAUAAAAGUUCCUACCAGAGGACCUGAGUUUUGGAGAAUAAUUAAUGAAGACACGACUAAAAAAGAGAGAAAUGUUACUUUACUUUGGAAGCCUCUGAUGAAAAAUGACUCAUUGUGCAGUGUGAGAAAAUAUGUGGUAAAACAUCAUACUUCCCGCAAUGGAACAUGGUCAGAAGAUGUGGGAAAUCACACUAAAUUCACUUUCCUGUGGACAGAACAAGGACAUUCUGUUACAGUUCUGGCUGUCAAUUCAAUUGGUGCCUCUUUUGUGAAUUUUAAUUUAACCUUCUCGUGGCCUGUGAGCAAAGUAAAUACCGUGCAGUCGCUCAGUGCUUAUCCUUUAAACAGCAGUUGUGUGCUUCUCUCCUGGACGCUAUCACCCAGUGACUACUAUCUGAUGUAUUUUGUUACUGAGUGGAAAAUUCUUAAUGAAGACAGUGAAAUUAAAUGGCUUAGGAUCCCUCCAUCUGUUAAGAAGUAUUAUAUCCACGGUAAGUUUGCUGUAAUACAGAUUGAUGAUGGAUUCAGAAAAAAAGCUGCUGUAAUUUUUGGUACAGAAAGAUGUUAUUAUUUCCUCAAGCUUCUGAAUCAUGUGAAUUGUAUCUCUUUUUCAGAUGAUAUUGAAAAACACCAGCAUGAUGCAGGUCUAUAUGUAAUUGUGCCAAUAAUUAUUUCCUCUUCAAUCUUACUGCUUGGAACGUUGCUAAUAUCGCACCAAAGAAUGAAAAAGCUGUUUUGGGAAGAUGUUCCAAACCCCAAGAACUGUUCCUGGGCACAAGGACUUAAUUUUCAGAAGCCAGAAACAUUUGAGCAUCUUUUUAUCAAGCAUACAGAAUCAGUGAUGUUUGGUCCUCUUCUUUUGGAGCCUGAAACCAUUUCAGAAGAUAUCAGUGUUGACACAUCAUGGAAGAAUAAAGAUGAGAUGGUGCCAACAACUAUGGUCUCUCUGCUCUUGACAACUCCGGAUCUUGAAAAGGGUUCUCUUUGUAUCCGUGACCAGAACACCCGUGCUAACUUCUCUGAGCUGGAGAGCACCGUGAUAGCCCGUGAGGACGAAAGCAGGAGGCAGCCCUCUGUUAGAUAUGCCACCCUCCUCGGCAGCUCUAAAUCAAGUGAAAUUGAUGAGGAGCAAGGGCUUAUAAACAGCUCAGUCAGCAAAUGCUUCUCUAGCAAAAAUUCUCUACCAAAGGGUUCUUUCUCUAACAGCUCAUGGGAGAUAGAAACCCAGGCAUUUUUUAUAUUAUCAGAUCAGCAUCCCAAUAUAAUUUCACCACAGCUUCCAUUCUCAGAAGGAUUGGAUGAACUCUUGAAACUUGAGGGAAAUUUUCCUGAAGAAAAUAAUGGUGAAAGGUCUGUCUAUUAUCUAGGGGUCACCUCAAUCAAAAAAAGAGAGAGUGGUGUGUUUUUGACUGAUGAGUCCCAAGUGUUGUGUCCGUUCCCAGCCCAUUGUUUAUUCACUGACAUCAGAAUCCUCCAGGACAGUUGCUCACACCUUGUAGAAAAUAACUUCAAUUUAGGAACCUCUGGUCAGAAGACUUUUGUAUCUUACAUGCCUCAAUUUCAGAUUUGUUCCACUCAGACCCAGAAGAUAAUGGAAAACAAAAUGUGUGACCUAACUGUCUAAUUUCAUUCAAGAAGCAUCUCAGAUUUAUGUUCAAAUGAAUCAUAUGAAGUGUAAUAUAUUUCACUAUGGUUGUGGAUAUGGGAGAGGAAAGAAAACUGUAAAAAUUGGAAAUGAUUACCCCCAGAUCAAUGGUAUCUGUCCUCACUCAGUAAGAUAGACAAAAAAUGGGAGAAAGCCUUCAAAAGCCUGGCAAUAUAGACUGACUCUUCUAAUGAUACCAUUAACAAGCUAAACUGGGAAGGUCUCCAAUGGCUUGUUUGUAGCUAGAAAUAAGCCCAACAAAUAUCAACUUUUGGGAACAUUAGACCUGUGUAGAAAGAGCUAACCUUCUCAGUUACACCUAAGUUUGAAAGAAGACUUCAAACUGAUACAUGUGAGAUGUAACUUGCUUCAAAGGGCGUGGUUAUUUUACCUUGAGUUGUCUUUGUUUUCCACUGAUUUGCACACACCCCUGUUUAUACCUAAGAGGCAUCCUCGUACAUUUUAAAAGUAUGUGAUGUAUUUUGUGCUACUUGACUGUGUGAUUCUAAGAUUUUGCAAAUUUAACAAAUUUGUCUUGAGCACUGUCUCUGUGGUAGGCACUCCACUAAAUGUUGCAGAUAAGCAGAUGAUUUAGCUCUGGCCUAGGGGAUAUACUUCUGAAGACUGACAAGUAAGCCAAUCUUUAUGUACCAAAUCUAAGAUGUGUGCCAUUGAAUGAGACUAUUAGAAUGGCAAUACCCACAAGCAGUAUGUUGACGACAACAAAAGCACUUUUGAAGACAUAAUGUCUGUCUUAACUCUUCUCUAUAAAAGAUGUUGCAAUGGUCACUUUCUGAUAUGAUUAGAUUGCCACAUGUUACUGUAUCUCACUCUGGAAUCACUGUCUUCCCUGAUUCCCAUUUGCUUGUAUGUUAUUUUUUUUCUCACUUACUGAGCAUUCUCUCUCAUAUAACCAACCACUGUAUUAAAUCUUUCCAUACUUGAACUCAAUUAAUUAUUAAAAUAAUUAUAUAUGAGACAUGUACUCCUAUAACACCCCUUUUAAAGAUUAGACAAUUAAAUAAUUUUUCCAAGGUCACAGAGUUGUGGAUGAUGGAACCAGAAAUCAGAUUUAAACCCAGAUCUUUUAAUGCUAGUGAUUAUGUUUGAAACGUAAACCUUACGUUGCCAUUCAUUUAAAAAAAAAUGACUUGUAAUCAAAUAAAAUUUAUUAAGUGGAAAUAUAAUGCUGGAUGAAAAUUAAGUGAGAAUUACACAGAUGUUGUUUUUGCCCUUAAAGACUUUAAUAUUUAUUGUUGCCUUCAGCUUCUGGUAUGGCAACAAAACUCCAGACAGCAUAUUGAGCAACAAACUUAAUUAAGAAACCUGCAGAGAUAGCUGUUGAAUGGCAAUAGUUAAGAAUUUCAAGUUGAUCAGUAUGAUCAAAACAAAUAAUUCAGUCCUCGAAAAUAUGCCUGUUGGGUUGCUACACAUCACGAGUUUCAUACUUAGACUGAGAGAGGGUCCUGCUGAUUUUACUGUUACCCUAAAUAAAAUCCUGCACUCCCUCUCUAUGCUAGUUGUGGCCCUAUGAAAUCAGCAGUUCUAGACAAUGAUAAAGAGCUCAGACCCCAGCCAACAGGUAUUUUUUCACACUUCAUGAUCAUUUGCCAGUUAGAAGCCAAUAAAGCUGUUUCCUAUCAUAAGCAUCAUUGAGCUAGCUCAAGAUCUCACGUGCUCAACUGAUGACUCACACCAGAGAAAGGUAGAGGGCUCAUUUCAACUCACUGAAUAACUAGUGUGGUAUGAAAGUCUUAGUUCUAUACAAAGAUAAAUCGAGAGAAUACUUUUCUUCGCUGAUGUGUUAAGUGGUUUACAGAUUCAGAAACAGAAGGAAAUUAUUGCAUGUAUGGAAGGUCUAGUAAAAUGGACCAUUAUUUUUAAUGCUGCUCAUAGAAUAUAGACAUUUAAUUGAGGGUACAGUAUAGGAGAGACAGAAAAAUGACAUUUUGCUCCACUCUGCACAUAGUGAGAGAUAAAACACUGAGCAUGUCCACUGAGACACAACAUUUUCCUGUGGUCUGGGGCCCAUAACUGCAGGGAAGAGAGACUGAUAGAUGUUCCAGUCAGCCCAAGGUUUCACCAUGCUAUGCGUACGCUGUAGUGAAUUCAGAAGUCCUGGGACCACCGUUGUGCUGUAGGUCUGUGUGAAGGGAGUUUAGUAACAGCACAUUAACUUGAGAUCAUGAAUAUCAUCCUGGUGCAGCUUCAGUUCCUAAAAACAAGUGAAAACAUCUCAGAUAUUGAUAUGCCCAGGGAGUUUCUUUCACAGACUGAGCUAAAGUGGUACGGUUUGGCCUAUUGGUGUAUAGAGAUUUAGUUCUUUUCUAUGGUCAGUGUGUUAGGGUUCUGAUUUUUACUUUUGAAAGUUUGUUUCACUAUAUGUAUUACUAUAUUUUAUUGGGUCUUUAUGAAAAUUAUCUGUCAUUAAAUGGUUUUCAUAAAAAUUUAGGUAAAAUUCAGAAUUUUUAUCCUUCAGGAUGAUCACACAUUGUCCCAGUUCUUCCCAAAGAUUCUUUAAAAAGCUGUUAAGGGAGAGAAGAGCUGAAAUAUGGGUUUGGACUUUUAACUUAGGAUAAAUCUGGAAUUUUGAGUAUUCCAUUGAAGGCCUUGAAUUGAAAAACAAGUUACUAGUCAGUCUCUCCAAAUCUGAACUUAAUGAAAAGAAACUCAGAAGUUACUAAUUUGAGCUAGGGCCUCAAGUUUCAACAGAUUGUCUGAAGGUAAAUCAUUUCUCAGGGUUAAUGAGAUGAUAUGUUUCCUAGGUUAAACCCCCAAGAACAAAGACGAAAAAAACAAAUCAAGGUGUGCUUAUCAGUAUCAGCAGGGCCCUCCUGUUGGAGCCCUGUGUUCCCACUUGGAGAUGAGUUACAUAUGGACAACAGGAAUGGGAGCAGAUAUUCUUCUGUUUUUAAACCUAGUCUCAAGUAGUAAGAAGACUUGGAUUAAAUUCGCAAACAGAGGGUGAUCCUGGACCUAGAAUAAGGUUUGAUGACGCCGAGCUAUGAGCUGCUACCUUCUCUCAUCCCUUUCCAAUACAGCCAACUCUCUCUUUCCAAAUAUCAAACAUAUGGUCCCAUUCCCUUAGGAAUACUCAUCUUGACGACUCAAAAGCUGAGAGAAGAUAAACUUCCUCCACAAAUUGAUACCAGAUUCCAAAGCUGCUUUGGCACGGGAUCCAGGCGAGGCCAUAAGACUUGUGCCUACGGGGCUCCCGUGGAGUUGGACAGCGUGCUGAAUGGAUCAGGACGUGCACAGCCAUAUGUCACCUAGAUGUGGAUGGAAAGAGACCUCUUUCCAAAUUCUUUCCUGUAGUUUUUAAAAGACAUUUGUUCCACUUUUAAGGGUCAUCUUGAUCGUUAUGGACUUUUCCAAACUAUUUAUUAUUGAGAAAACACAUUCUCGAAUUUAAAACACCAAAUUAAAAUGGUCCACUCCACUAUGAUGAAAACAGUGUGCAUUUGAGGGAAAAAAUGUUAACACAGUUACCAAAAAAAAGUGAAGAGACAUUUAUAAAAGGAAAUUAGAGAAGUCACUAGUUUUAUUUUUUCUUGAACAACUAAUUUAAAAUGGUAACGUACUCCAGCACUGAAUCACAAUGUCGGUGGAGCAGCCGAGAAUACAAAGGUCUGGAUUAGAACUGAGAUAUUAUUCCACGUGUUUGUAUGAGGAUCAGGAAAUGGUUUUCAGGGGUUCUUAUUUCGAACAAAUUAUUUUUAUACAAAGUUUAUCACUCAGUAUUUAUUUUGGAAAGCUGCUGAAGAUGUCUAUUUUUCAAAAUUAUACUUAGGAUGUUCGGCAUUAAAUUCAAUUUUGUGAGGAUCUUUGACAGGAUAUUUUAAAUAAAGUUCACUCAAAAACCCUAGAACUGAGAAAGAAUUAGGAAAAUUAUCUAAUUUUGUAAUGAAAUACCUAGAUUGCAGAUACUAUACUUUUAAAACUUGUCAUUAAGUAUUGGGCAUGCAGUGAACACUUUCUCUUUAGUCACAAUUGGUACAUUAAUAAAUGUUAUAAACACAAGUGCUGAGAUAUAAUCACCAAUUGUUUUAUAAAACGUAAUUAUUCUAAUUCUCCUUUAUGUCCCUAAAGUCAUAAAGAAGGAAAGUAAAUCAUGACUGUGAAUGUUUUCGUUUUUUUAUCAUCAUAAAUCAUGAGCAAUGUCAGAAUUUUGAGAAAUUGAAUGAGCAAAUAGAGUUAUGAAUUUAAGUUAUUUUAGAAUUAUUUUAUCUAUUAUAUGAUUGCUCUCAGCAAAGAUUUGAAAAUACGAAGAAGUAAUCUUUGUAGUUUAUAUAAAUAGUUAAUAUAAAAUUUUAUACAUUAUUAGCCUUUAUAUCUUCAAAAUACUUAAAUAAUGCCUUGCCUUUAAAAGGGGUUUGAAAACAUUUUAGAUGCAAGUGUCUCCCAUUAUCGUUACUGUCUAGGGUAACUGCAUCCCCUCACACCAAAUUUUUUUUGGCAUUAUAGCCACUUGUGAUGAAGAAUUACUCAUUUGAAACAUCAGGAGCUCUUUAGUUUGAUUCUUUACUUCCUUAAGAAAUCUGGAUUUAGUGAACUGUGAACAUUUGUUUUGUCAUUUGAGUUUUUAACCACUCUUUGGGCUAGCAUUCAGACACGUUCUCUUUCUUGCUUUCUAAUUUUAAAAUGUAAAUAGAACAAAUACACACAGGAAAAAUUUCAGAGUACAGAGAAAUAUAGGAUAAAAGUCUAAGUGUCUCUCCCUUCCCAGCCCUCAGUUCCUAUUCCCCAGAACAACCUGUUAUUAUGAUAUCACACAUCUUUUGAAAAUUUAUAUUGUUGGGAUUGCAUUCCACCUGCUGUCAUAAAAUUACCCUUUUCCCUUAAUAUGUCUUGGUGAUAUUUCCAUUUAUACCCAUAUAUUCUUAUUUCAUUGUUUUGUAAUAGUUUCAUAGUGUUCCCUUGUAUCAGAGUACAAUGAUUUAUGUUAACAGUUUACAAUUGGUGAACAUUUAAGUGUCUCCAAUCUUUCACUAUUAUGGGCAAUACUGAAGUGAGCAUUCUUGUACAUAAUUGUCUUGGCAUAUUUUUGCAAAUCUACUUGUCAGGAAUCUUGGUUACAAGUGUAAGAAAUCAACUCAAAUUGUCUGAAGUAUCUUUUUGAUAUUUUCAUUUCAUCUUGAUGAAUGAAGUUGAACCUAUUUUCAUGUUUAUAAGCCAUUUAUUUUUCUCCACUUUCAUAUUCUUUGCCUAAUUCUCUUGGAUUGUUAUAAUUUUAUUAAUUUCUUAUAAUUCUUUUUUUUAAACAUAUGUGAUCUUGGUUUUUCUUGAGAUAUAUCUUAUGUGCUGUAAAAUACACAAGCCUUCAGUGGAUAGCUUAAUGAAUUUUUACACAUUUCCCCCUGAGUAUUUACCCAGGAGUAAAAUUGCUGAAUGCAGGAUAGGUUCUAAUUUAGUUUUAAUAGAUACUGCCAAAUAACGAACUAAUUUACACUGCCAUCAGCAAUGCAGAAGAGUUCUGCCCCUUCAACGUUGAUAUUGUCAGCCUUCUGAAUCUUAGCCAUUCUGGGGUUCGUGUCGUGGUCUCUUGUGGUUUUGGUUUGCACUUCUGUAACAGGUAAUGAUUUUGAAUAACAUUUAAUUAAUCCCUUUCCUGCCAUUUUUGCUGUUUUGUCAUAGAUCUUAUUUCUGUGUAUUUCAUAAACAUCUAACGUGUUAUAUUGUUGCUUUAAGC